AUGUUUACGGGUCUUGUGGAGGAAAUAGGCGUGGUCUCCGCCAUUGAAGGCAAUGACGAGACGGGCAAGACCAUGACCGUCAUCAUCCCCCAGGCCUCCGUUCUCCUCAGCGACGCCCAACUCGGCGACUCUAUCUCCACAAAUGGCGUCUGCCUAACCAUAACCUCCCUCCUGCCCUCCCCGCCCGGCUUCACCGUCGGCGUCGCCCCCGAGACCCUCCGCGUAUCGAACCUAGGGACGCUAACGCCGGGAAGCCGCGUCAAUCUCGAAAGGGCCGUGCGCGCCGACACCCGAAUGGGAGGACACUUCGUGCAGGGACACGUCGAUUUCGUGGCGCAGAUUGUAGAUGUUAGGGCCGACGGUAAUGCGCGGACGAUGCGCUUCAAGCCGCAGGAUAAGGAGUGGUUAAAGUACAUCGUGCACAAGGGGUUCAUCGCCCUUGAUGGGACGAGCUUGACGAUUACCCAGGUCAAUGAUGACGAGGGUUGGUGGGAGAUCAUGCUCAUCGAGUACACGCAGGAGCGAGUGAUUCUGGCUGAGAAGGGAGUCGGUGAAUCCGUCAACGUGGAGGUAGACAUGAUGGCUAAAUACGCCGAGAAGGCUAUGGCAGGCUACCUUGCGAAGGAGAGUGAGGGUACCGCAGCCGUUCCUCUGUUGGAAAAGCUCGUAAAGAGGAUUGUUGACGAAAGAUUGCAGGGCAAGGCGUGA